GAGCGACAUUCCGUCUGUCCUCGUUUUGUCGCUUUUUCUGCUGCUGCUGCUGCCUACUACGGGACAUCUGUGAUUGGUUCAUCCCUCUCCUAUCCUCCCUCCCUCACGCGUGAUUGUAUGUAAAUCCGGUCGGGACUGAGCCAGUAGGUGAGGGUUGGGGCUGGUGGCUCCUGCCUCGGUGGCGCACAAGAGACCUGAGAGCGGACGAGGUGAGAUCUCUCUCUCUCUCUCUUUUUCUCUCUGCGCAGACGGAGCUGUCCACUGCGCCGUGGUGCUGAACUCCGCGUCCUUCUUCUUCUACUUCUUCUGCGUGCUCUUCUGCGCGUUAGAGAUAUUCUGAGAACGGAUUAACAACAUCCCCUUUGGCUGUUUAUAGCUGAAAACUUCCACAGAGGACAUCUCUUUGCUCUACAUAUCGGGGGAAAUAGCACCGCGCACCAGCCGUGGAUUUGACCGGAGCUGCUGCGAGAUUAUCAGUACUUUGUUGAGAAGUGUUGCGCUCGUCGCUAAUCUUUCUUGGAUUAUCCCCCUGGAUGGUUUACCUCUGGGAACACAGGAGAAGACCAAUGAAGACAGCCAGAUGGUGGUCGGCGGCAACUUUACUGCUGGGGCUCGCUGUGCUCGGCACCGACGGGACGCCCAACAAGGAGGGAUUCAGGUCGCCGCCCUAUCGACCGGUCGUGAGAUUUCGACACAAGGAUGGGAUCCCUGAGAGCUUGAGGAUAAAGGGUUUUAUGGGACACCCUGGCCUGCCGGGUCCAUGUGAACACAAGUACUGUGGCUUGGGGCGUCACUGUGUGGUCAACCAUGACACCGACCAAGGAGAGUGUAAGUGCUUGGAUCACUGCAAGCCACACUAUAAACCCGUGUGCGGUUCAGAUGGGAAGCUGUACCAGAACCACUGCGAGCUCCACCGGGCCUCCUGUCUCCGAGGACACAAGAUUACCAUCAUGCACAGCGAGGAGUGCUUCUACAAAGAUGAUAACUGCAGACUGAGCGACUACCGUCGGCUGAAAACCAAGAUUCUGGAUUUGCAUGACAAACGCUACAUGGGGUCUAAGAUCCACAAGGACAACAUGGCUGCCAGGAAGCAACUGGUCGACAUGAUGUUCAAACGCUUUGAUGCGGAUAACGACGGUCAAAUAGGUGCCGGCGAGCUCUCACAGGUCAUCAAACAAGAGGGUCUGUCCAAGGAUGUCUCCGAGUGCACGCUGUUCGACCUGCUCAAGUACAACGAUGUCAAUGACGACGAGCACCUGACGAAAGAAGAGUUUUACACAGCUUUUGAUGUGUACCUGCUCAGCCUUCCAGAUGACCAGAGAGUGAGCGUCACCACGGUAACAGUGGGCCAAAGCGCCGUGAUGACAUGUGCCAUCACCGGGGAGCGGAGGCCGCCAAUAUUGUGGAAGAGAAACCAUCAAUACCUGAACUCCUUGAACCUGGACGACAUCAAUGACUUUGGAGACGACGGCUCACUUUACAUCACCAAGGUGACCACGACCCACAUGGGCAACUACACCUGUCAUGCUGAUGGAUAUGCCAAACUUUUUCAGACCCACACUCUCCAAGUGAAUGUUCCUCCGGUCAUCCGAGUGUACCCAGAGAGCCAAGCCAGAGAGCCGGGUGUCACUGCCAGCCUGCGCUGCCAUGCUGAGGGCAUCCCCAGCCCCCAGCUGGCCUGGCUGAAGAACGGCAUGGACAUCACAAGCAAACUAUCCAAACAGCUCACCCUGCAAGCUAAUGGCAGUGAAGUGCACAUCAGCAACGUGCACUUUGAGGACACGGGCGCCUACACCUGCAUCGCCAAGAAUGAAGCCGGCGUGGACGAGGACAUCUCGUCGCUAUUUGUGGAGGACUCUGCACGCAAAACUUUGGCAAACAUUCUGUGGCGAGAAGAAGGUCUUGGCAUCGGCAACAUGUUCUACGUGUUCUAUGACGACGGUAUUAAAGUCAUCCAGCCUGUGGCGUGCGAGAUACAGCGACACAUUAAGCCCAGUGAGAAGCUGCUGGCCUUGCAGGAGGAGGUGUGCCCCACCUCGCCGGGAGAGGAGGUGCAGAGGUGUGUGUGGUCAUCAGCGGUCAACGUCAAGGACAAGUUUAUUUAUGUGACACAGCCGACCUUGGACCGAGUGCUCAUAGUCGACAUCCAGUCUCAGAAGGCCGUCCAGACGGUCAGCACAGACCCUUAUCCGGUGAAGCUUCACUAUGAUAAAUCUCACGACCAGGUGUGGCUGCUCAGCUGGGGAGACAUGGAGAAAAACUUCCCCACUCUUCAGGUGAUCAAUCAGGCCAGUGGAAGAGUCUCCCACCACACGGUGCACACGCAGCCCAUCGGCAGACGCUUCGACCGAGUGGACGACUUCUUCAUCCCUGCCUCCAGCCUCAUCAUUAACCACAUCAGAUUUGGCCUCAUCCUUCAUCGAAACGAGCCCAUUCUCCACAAGAUCGACCUGGAGACGACGUCCUACGUGAAGAACAUCAGUUUGUGGGAGUAUAAUUGCAUCCCCAAGUCGGUGGCCUACACCCACCUCGGUGGCUACUACUUCGUCAACUGCAGGGCCGACUCCACCGGUGCCACGCAGCCACAGCUCGUCUUGGACAGUGUGACUGAUAGUGUGAUCGGCCAGAACCGCGACGUCACCGGCACUCCCUACGCGUCCCCAGAUGGUCACUACUUGGUAACCGUGGACGACAGCGAUGGCCUGAUGAGGAUCCAGAAGAUCUCGGAGCGUGGGGAGAUCCAGGAGCCCUUCGACAUCCACACCAACCUCCACCUGUCCGACCUGUCCUUCCAGCGCUCCUUCACCGAGGUCCACCAGUACAACGUGUUCGGCAGCUCCGGCCGCCAAACUGACGCUCUGUUCGUGGAGCUGAGCUCCGGCAAGGUCAAGAUGAUCAAGAGCCUGAAGGAGGCCACCAGGUCGUUCGAGUGGCCGUGGAGCGGCAGGAACAGGGUGAUGGCGGGCAGCGGACUGUUCGGACAGUACCUCAUGACCCCGUCCAGGGAGUCUCUCUUCAUCCUGGACGGACGGCUCAACAAGCUCAACUGUGAGAUCACCGACGUCCUCAAAGGCAACGUGGUGGUGUGGGUUGGAGAGUCUUAAGUAACGCAAACGUAAAGACCCAACGAGCUUUGUUUUCCUUCAAAGGUACUGUUGCACUGAAUUCUGUUGCAGAUUCUUUAAUUUUGUGGGAGUGCAAUUGUGAAUACUAACAAAUUUUGUAAGUCCAUUGGAUGAAGGACUGUCAUGAAAAAAAAAAGCAAAAAAAAAGCGAAGGAGUAAUUGAUUGUCGAUUGAUCGUCUUAAAGCAGAGUUAAAAACACGUUUUCCCACUUGUUGGAUCACGUUUAAGUCAACAUAAUGUUGCUUGCUGGUUCUCUUUUUCAGGAAAAAUCGGUAUGAGUCCGUAAACAUGUGCAACUUUUGCAAUUAUUAAUCAAAAACAGUUGUUUUCAGUGUGUGGGAAUGCUGUAGAUAAUCUCUGAAUUAAACUAAUAUUUAAAGAAAAUUGGCAAAAAUCAAUAUAUAUAAAUAUAUAUACUGUAUAUGUCCAGAUUGUAAUUAAAGUUACCCAUCCCAAACUUUUUUCCUGUGCCUUCAAGGAAAAUUCCCCUCCAUCAGAGGAAUUAGCGUAAUUAUUCCCUGUGUGACUGCAGACUACACCUUUUCCUUUGACCCCUCCAUUUGUGGUCAGAGCUGUUCCUCACAAUCCCCCCGCUCUCUCUCGUCUUUCCAUCCGCCCAACGCAGCCGCCUCAGUCUAAUUAAAACGAGCCCUUGCUGUGAUCCCAUCCUGUUUGAAGUGCAGACAGAGACUGAGCGGUUCAUUACAGUUGUGCGAUCUGUAACCUUUGAUCCCAAAUUAUACCCAGCGUUGGGGAAGGUUUUCAAAUAUAUAAAUCUCCCUUUUUGUUUAGUCCAAAGCAGAAAGUCAGUGGUGAUGUUAGUUAAACUGUACCAGCUUUAAACACUCCACAUUGUGAAAUCGUAAGGAUUUCAAAUGUUUCCUUAGCAGUGAGUCAAUAGAGCACUCACGUGUGAAGAAAUCUUAAUUUCUUUGUCCCUGGACCAAAAAAGUAAAAUAAAAUAGAAAGCCUCUCGCUGCAUCAAAAACAAAAAAAAAAGACCUGUGAGAGACACGCUGCUCUGUUUGACAGCGUGAUUCUUUGAGUGGAUGUUGUGUAACUUAAGUUAAUGAUGAGCUAGCACACUGGAGGGCGGGGUCGUCACACUGUGGAGAGAGAGAGAGAGAGAGAGAGGGUCUUUGAAUUUAAAGACUCGGCUCUUUUACCCGAACGCUCCUGCAGCAGAAAUAUAGUUGGCAAGUCGAUGAAACUGUUCCCUAGCUGGACACAUUUCUAUGCAUAAUCACCCUGGCACUCUAUGACUCUGUGAAUCACAAUGGGCAACUGUAUCGCAAAAUUUAGUACUGACUUUUAAUGUGUACAGAUUAUAUAAAGUCACUCUGUCUUUCCUGUAAAACCUGACUUGUAUAUCUUUUGAUUUCAUCUGUUUUGUUUUUUCCUUUAUAACCUUUAAACCCGACUGUACUGGUGAUGAUGACCUCUUCCUUUCUAUUUAUGUUUCUGUACAUAGCGGCUGACUGUGACUCCAUUAGUUUCCCAUCGAUGUACAGAUCCACACAGGUUUCUGUCCUUUUUUUUCCUGCCGAGCAAAUACUCACCUUCCUUUUUAAGAAAUGAGAACAAACUACACUACAGCUGUCAUUCUCUACAUCCUGUGCACAAACAAGCGCAUUGUGAUCACAAACACCGCUCUCACCUCCAUUAUAGCCAUGUCUCGUAUGUUCCUUCAUGUGAUUGUUAUUUAUAUAGAGAAAACACGCUUGUCAUUUUACCCAACAAUAAAAACUAGAUCAUGAAAAAACAAAA